GCGAUCAAUAUGGCGACCAGAAUGUUGGGGAGAAUCCUUCAGAGUAAUGCAAGGUCAGUCAUCGUGUGUUCGACUGACUAUAGACGCUGCAUGAUUCCUGGCUUUAGAUGUUUUUGUUCAGCUGUUAGUGACGCUCGCGAGUGUUUUCACCCGAGUCUUCCUUUUUCAAAGCGCUUGAAGAACAUUCAACCAUUUUGCGAGACGCUUACUGGACCAAAUGAAGUUUUGGAGCUCUUUAAUCAAUUUAUUAUUCUUCCUGAGCAGCUCAAAAAAGAAGCACUAGAUUAUGCACUUAACUGGCUGGUUCGUUAUGACAAGAUCGACGCAGCUUUUGAACUGAUAACUCUCAUGGAACAAAAUAAUAUCCCGAAAACUUACUCAACGUAUUCCAUUGUUGCUAAUUGUUACUCGAAGUCCAAUUAUCCUAAACAUUCAAUGAAAAACUUGUUUCAUGAAAUGCUAAAGGACGGUUUAACUCCCAGAGCUCGCCAUUUUAAACCUUUUGUGGAGAUGGAAGCCAUCAAAGGAGAUCCAAUGGAUGCAUUUCGUUGUUUGGACGAUUUGCGUCACUCUGGGACACUUCAUGAACGAAUCGUGGAUAUCUAUGUAACAGUUGUCCGAGCUUGUGUGGGCAGAGAGAGUAGGCAGUUAACGAAUAAGGUAUUGGAAUUGUUUUACGACGUUCGAAGAUAUCGAGACUUGCUGAGUUUUGAGGCUUUGGAGACAAUCAAGCUGUGGUUUGACAGUCAAAAAGACCCAAAAUGGGUGACAGCUUGGUCAUUUCCAACAGCAACAUACCACUGCCAAGCCUGCAAGCAAAAACUAGAAACUGGGCACUUUACUGCAGAAGAACUGCAAGAGCUGAAGGACCCACUUAUUUCGCAUAUGUUGAGGAAUCGCAAAAUUCUUUCAGAAGUACGAAGUCACACGACUGCUGGAAAGUAUGUUGAUUAUAACCGACCAGGGCAUUCCAAUAGGUUUCCAGUCAGUGUGGUCAGGUUUAUUGAAACAACAGGACGCUAUGAUGUAGUUGUGGAUGGACUCAAUGCGGCUUAUUACUAUCAUCAUUUUGAUGCUGAAAAGCUGAAAGCUGUGGCUGAACAUUUUCUGAAACAGGAAAAGAGGGUUUUGGUGGUGGGUUCUAGUCCAAUUUCACUGGGUAACUUAAAAAGACAUGACAAUGUACUCCCUUCAGUGAUGGAUUUUCUGAGAGAACAUUGUGGUGUUUUCUGUCUGGCGGGAAGGUCACUAGACGACGUCUAUCUUCUUAGCGCUGCUAUGCAGUGUGGCCCAGGCACUCUACUGGUGUCCUCGGACAUGUUCUCUAACCAUCUGCAAGGUAUGGAUUUACUGAUGAAAGCCCAGUUCACCAGAUGGCAAGAGCUUUACCAAAUGAAGUUGGCUAGUUUGGGUGGUAAACAACCCAUGUUUGAGAGUGUGAGGAGAUUUGACAGCCGUGUUCAUGUCCAAACCACAGGGGAUACAUGGCACUUCCCAAGUAGUGAUGGAAGUAAAUGGCUUUGUGUCCGAAGAGAGGAUAAAUCCCUGUUAGACAGCCACACUGUUUCAUAUUUUUGAUAUGAGAAAUUAUCAUGUGGCUGUUAUGAAUAAUUUAAUGUGUUUUGACAAUUAAAACAAAGUAAUUACUUGUUUGGAUGUGAAGUGUUUGUGAAGCUGUGCAUUCAUUUCAGAAUCUUUCCUAAAAUUUUUGCACACCUCAAAGGAACUGUGUAACCCUUUGUGCAUUUUACAAUGUUGAAGUUAUGUGUAAAUGUUCUUGUUUGUUUUUUUUUUUCAGUCAGUCUUUAUCUUCUCAAUUUUUUGCUCUCCUUGUUCCUUUUCUUUUUUUUCCCUUUUCCCCAAGAAAUCUGUGUCAUAUAUCCUUAGACAGUUUCCCUUCAAUAUACAACAUUUCUGGUGAGGUCACCUUUUUAAUAACAAAAUUCAGAAAUGAUAAUGAGUCACUUAGCCACAAUAAAAAUUUUAUUUACAAUCA